AUGAAUAUUCCUACAGCGCAGAUACCGUUAAAGAAGUCCCAUGAUGAAAGGUUCCAAGAUUUUGUUCAAGAAGUUUCACAGAAUUUGUUGAACGGUGAAUUUGAUGAAAGUUUAUCCAAAGAAGGUACAGAAUUCGUCAAGAGACAUAAAUUACAGUUCAUGGAUUCUAAUCUUGAUUGUAUUGAAUUGUUCCAUCCAUUAGAUGAAGUAGCUUUCAAGAAAGUUCUUGCCAGUAAUCACUACAAAAAGAAUUCCAAAAAUAUUGAAGAUAAAGGAUUAUAUACAUUAUAUUACCUCAACAAUGUUUCAGAUGUAAAGCACAUCUUAGAUUACUUAGAUGACAUUGCAACAAAAACGAAAGGAACAUAUAAGAUCUUAUGUGAUUUUGGUUUCGUUACUGAAGAUUUUGUUACCAAACAAUAUUCAUUAACACCACCAAAAGAAGAUGAAGUUGAACGUUCAAUCCCAUUCACGAUCUCAAACAUCAAAGACAUGAACUCCUAUAAACAUUACGUUUAUGCAAACAUUUUUGAGAAGAUGGAACAAACACACAUGUCAUCAAGAAUGAAAUAUUGUGCAAUCACAACAGCUUUGUUCAAAGUUAUUCCAUUAAGAAAGUCUGGUGGUAAAUUCCAAGCAAAAGGUUAUGCAUUCUUGAGCAAAUUAAGGUGUGUUAGACAUGUUGAAGAUGAAAAAAAUUUAUGCACAUUUAAUGCUUUAUUUACUUUAUUAAAUUAA